CAGUAGAUAUAUUUUAUGACUUGCAUUUUUUUCACUAGAACCAACUUCACUAAUGCAUUAAGAGAAAACAUGUUUAGGGCAAGAAUCUUAGGCUUCAAUCUGGUGGUGCUGUUUGUCAACAAUGCCUUUUGUCACGAACAACAUUUUGUCACAGAAAAAGUAGACCGGUCUCAUGAAAAACUGAAGACAGCUGUUAACCAGUUUGGUAUCCAAUUAUACAGAAGACUAUCAAGUGAGGGAAGAAACGUGUUCUUUUCACCCUUCAGCUUGUCCACUGCGUUGAGCAUGGCAUUCCUAGGUGCUAGGACUAAAACAGCAACCGAAAUGAGUUCAGUUCUUGGGUUUCGUAAAGCAGGUCUCGCACGAGAAGAUGUUCCUGACAGUUUUUACAAGGCUUUUCAGUUACUGAAGAGUGAUCAAACCAAGGAUCAUUUCUAUGUAGCUAACACUGCAUUGGUACAGGUGAGUAUCAGCUUAUCAGUUACUGAAGAGUAAUCAAUCCAAGGAUCAGUUCUAUGUAGCUAAUACUGCACUGAUACAGGUGGGUAUCGGCUUAUUACUUAUUGAAGAGUAAUCAAUCCAAGGAUCAGUUCUAUGUAGCUAACACU